GUUACCAACAAGAUUUUCCCAGUUUGGACAUACUCCUACCUUGCACUCCUUUUCCCGGUCUUCCUGAUCACAGACUACGUGCGCUACAAGCCCGUCCUCCUCCUCCAAGGCAUCAGCUUCAUCGUGACGUGGCUCCUGCUCCUCUUCGCCCACGGGGUGGUGGCCAUGCAGGUGGUGGAAUUCUUCUACGGGAUGGUGACGGCCACCGAGGUCGCCUACUACGCCUACAUCUACAGCGUCGUCAGCACCGAUCGCUACCAGAGAGUGACGAGCUAUUGCAGGAGCAUCACUCUUGUUGCAGCCACCGUCGCCGCCGUGCUGGGGCAGCUGCUGGUCUCCUUAGCAGGCGUGUCCUACUUCCACCUUAACGCCAUUACUCUGGCCUCCGUGUCCCUGGCCUUGGUGUGCUCGUUUUUCCUCCCGAUGCCCCAGAAGAGCAUGUUCUUCCACAGGAGAGAGGUCUCAGAAACUCCCCCGGGACCAGAGAAAGCCGGGGCUACAGCCGGCGCCGAGGGGCCGUCGGGCUGCCCAGAGGACAAGGGCUCCGAUUCUGCUGACGGGGGACCGACGCCGGAACCGCACGCUGAGAAUCCCAAGCCCCAGAGUCAUGUGCUCAGGGUGCUGGUGCAGCUGAGCAAGGACCUGAGGGAUUGCUACAGCUCCAGGAGACUUCUCUACUGGUCCCUGUGGUGGGCCCUGGCUACGGCAGGCUUUAACCAGGUCCUGAAUUACGUCCAGGUGCUGUGGGACUCCAGAGCCCCCUCUCACAGCUCUGCAGUGUACAACGGAGCUGUUGAAGCAAUCGCC